GUAGGAUUGAAAAGAAAAACAUUAGGAAAGCUGAGGUUAUCCGUGGCCCCAAAGCAUCACUGGCUUGACAGUUUAUCUCCAAUGAGUGAGGAAGAUGAGUGGAAGAGAUCUCCAUUCUUGGAGACUUCAAUGUUCACCAUCAGCUUUGGCUUUCCUCUCCCUUCACUGACCAUCCUGAGGUGGUCGAAUUGAGACACUGGGAGUAGUUCUUCCUGGAGACAAGGUCCUGCAGCUGGACUCGGAAGACUGCAUGAAGGAAAUAUUCCUUGGGCCAGGCCUUCGCAGACAUGAAAACAAUGUCUAUGCAACUCGUUCAGGUCCCCUUAAGAAGACAACUCAAAACAUCUACUACAUUGACAACUAUCAGAGACGAUACAUUCCCCUCAAGGGGCAGUUUGUGGUUGGAAUUGUAUAUAAGAAAAAAGGUGACAAUUAUAUUAUAGACAUUGGUGGGAGUGAGUAUGCCCUCCUCUCCCUCCUCUGUUUUGAAAAUGCUCCCAAGAAAGCAAGGAAAGAGAUGAGGCCAGGAGAGCUGGUGUUUGGACAGCUGUUGGUGGCAGAGAGGGACAUGGAACCCGAGAUGGUGUGUCUUGAUGUUUGUAAUGACGCAGUGGGUAUUGGCCCACUUCCUGAAGGAGGCCUCAUGUUCACUGUCCCUUUGCAUGUAACACGGGAGAUCCUAGACCCACAGAAUACUCUCUUAAAGAAGAUUUCCUCCCUGGUGGAGUGCACAGUAGUGGUGGGCUCCAAUGGGCGGGUGUGGGUGUUGGCGCAGGAGCAGAGGCACAUGCUGGCCAUCAUGAACUGCCUCAAGAUGCUGGAGGUGAUGAGCAAGCAUGAGGCCGAGCAGAAUGUGUACAUAUGUUUCAACAGAUUUUUACAUUAGUUGUGUGAUGACCAUAGUUGUGCAUAAUGACUUAUUUUAUGUAGUGUCUUUUAUCAAUAUAUAUAUAU